AUGCUGUCCCGGCCGGCCAUGCUGCUGGGUAGCCUCCUCCUCACCGCGGCCGCCCUGACCGUGGCCCAGCGCAGGGGGCAGGAGGCGGGCGGGCGCCGCCGGGCACACCGCGUCCAGCACGGCCAGUGCAGCUACACCUUCGUGCUGCCCGAGCCCGAGCCCUGCCCACCGGAGCCCGAGGCCUUCGGCGGCUCCAACAGCCUCCAGAGGGACUCGCCCGCAGCCCCCCUGAACCUGGGGGACUGGCCCACCCAGCGAGUGCAGCAGCUGGAGAAGGUGCUGGAGAACAACACACAGUGGCUGCAGAAGCUAGAAAGGUACAUCCAGAUGAACUUGAGGUCAGAGCUGGCACAGGUCCAACAGCACAUGGUCCAGAACCAGACAGCCACCAUGUUGGAGCUAGGCACGAGCCUCUUGAACCAGACCACCGCCCAGACCCGCAAGCUGACUGACGUGGAGGCUCAGGUCCUGAACCAGACAUCCCGAAUGGAGAUCCAGCUGCUGGAGACCUCACUGUCCACCAACAAGCUAGAGAAACAGCUACUACUGCAGGGCCAUGAGCUCCACAGGCUGCAGGGCCGCAACAGCGCGCUGGAGACGCGGGUGCAGGCCCUGGAGACGCAGCAGCAGGCGGAGCUGGCUUCUCUCCGCGGCGAGAAGGAGCGGCUGCGGCGUCUGCUGGGCCGCCAGAGCGGCGCCCUCGCCGGCCUCGAGCGCAGCCUGCGCGCCGCCAGCAGCAACUCCAGCCUCCUGCAGCGCCAGCAGCGCCAGCUGCUGGAGUCCGUGCAGCGCCUGGUGCGCGUCGUGGCACAGGGCCCGGCCUCUGUGAGGGCAGCUGAGCAGCUGUUCCAGGAUUGUGCAGAGAUCCAGCGCUUUGGGGCCAAUGCCAGUGGCAUCUACACCAUCCAUGUGGCCAAUAUGACGGAGCCCAGGAAGGUAUUCUGUGACAUGGAGGCCAAUGGAGGUGGGUGGACUCUCAUCCAGCGCCGUGAGAAUGGCAGCGUGAAUUUCCAGCGGAACUGGAGAGAUUACAAACAGGGCUUUGGCGACCUGGCGGGGGAGCACUGGCUGGGCAAUGAGGUGGUGCAUCAGCUCACCAGCAAGGCAGCCUACUCUCUGCGCGUGGAGCUGCAAGACUGGGAGGGCAACGAGGCCUAUGCCCAGUAUGAACAUUUCCAGCUGGGCAGUGAGGGGCAGCUGUACAGGCUUUCUCUGAGCGGGUACAGCGGUUCAGCAGGGCGCCAGAGCAGCCUGGUCCUGCAAGGCACCAACUUCAGCACCCGUGAUGCAGACAAUGACAACUGCCUCUGCAAGUGUGCCCAGAUGCUGUCUGGAGGAUGGUGGUUUGAUGCCUGUGGCCUCUCAAAUCUCAACGGCAUCUACUACCCAGCUCGCCACCACGUGCGCAAACUCAACGGCAUCCGCUGGCACUACUUCCAGGGCCCCAGCUACUCGCUGCGGGCCACUCGCAUGAUGGUGCGUCCCGUGGGCAUCUGACAAGUGGCUGCGCCUGGAGGCUGGACCCAUAGGAAGAGGUCUGGAGCUGAGCAGUCCAUGGCUGGUGGACUGCCUCCCUCUCCAGCGUCGGCCACUACACCCAAAGGUGCCAUAUCCCAUCUAGCAGGAAGGGAAACAGGACAUCCAGCACUGCUUCCUCCCCAGCACGUUCCCUCGUUAUCCCAAACUCACCUUUUGCUCAGAAUAUCCCAGCAUUCUCCCUAUAGGGCUCCCUGUCCAGGUUUGCUCCCUCCUAGCCUACAGUCAUGUCAUUUCCCCUGCCUGAAAUGUCCAGGGGCUCUCCAGUACCCUGUGCUCAGCCUGCAAUCAGGGCUCCUCACCACCCAGCUCAAGUCUCUCUCUAGCUCCACCUCUGCUCUGCUCUUACACUGGAGUUCAGAGGCUUUGGGCCUGAUGAAUUCCUUCUGCAAAAAGGGUCCCAGUGGGCCAUCCCCCAGUUGUCCUGGGGAAACUGUCCAUUUCCACUGGACUUUCACAUCCCUGUGGCAUGGAACUCCGAGUAUGCGGUAGCUACUCUGGAAGUAAUACAGUGUAGUGGCUCAGUCCUCUGGUUCUGCAGAGAGCUGGACCCAAGUCCACUUCUGCGUCUCACAAGGAUAAUGUAAAAGCCUCCAAAAUCCCGUGAGGGCUUAGCAAAUUAUAAGGCACCUAGGACAGAGCCUAUACCUAGUAAGCUCUCUUUGAUAUUGUCUCCGAUUAUUUCUCUGUACCAGGCACCUCGUGAAGAACUUCCCUUAUAAUCUCCGUGGAAGCCCCACAACAACCUUAUGGGAUAGGUACUAUUAUCAUCUCUCCCCUUUCCAAACGGGGAACUGACCCCCAUAGAAGUGACGUCACUUGGCCAAAGUCACACCAUAAGAAUGUACAGAGGGUGUUCUGGAUUCAAAUCACCUGCUCCAGAGCAUCCUUCACCUCGAUAUUAUGUUCCCUGUGACCAAGUUUAAAGGAAAAUAAAUGAAUACAUAAGCAAUUGCCAAGCUGAAGCUAGCCAGUGCUUGAAACUCACACAGGAAAAUAAAAGCCCACUGUCCCUGCUUGAUGCCUCUGGGGCAGGGACAGGACCUUCCUUCCUGCUUCUGACUUCCUGACUUCCCUGCCCUGGUUUCAGAACACUUGGCCACAGGCUCAUCACCCCCAAAUCUUUUCUGAGUAGGACUUAGCUUUUUUCCUUGUCAACCUCCUUGACCUUCCUCCUGUGGCCUGGGCAGGGGAGGGACAGGGACAGGCCACUUUAAUCUGGGGAGAUGAAACCUCCUAGCUGCUGGAGGCCUCUUCCUUCUGCCUUCACCUGCCUGUCGAGUGUCUGGGAGAGGCAUCAGGACCACAGCCACCCAGGUCUGGCUGUGACCACAAAUCAGAAGACUGGACUGAUCAUUUCCCUCUCUGGACCCCACUCUCCUCAUCCAUAAAAAGAGAGUGAGCAAUCCAGCUCUCCUUCUUUCACAAGGUUGCCAUGAGACUCAAAUAAGAUGGUCCCUUCCUUCAUCAAGUAUUUACUAACUACUAUGUGCCAGCAACUGUGCCAGGCACUAAGGACAUGGCCGUGAACAAGACAGAUCAACACUUGCCCUUGGGUACUUAUAGUCCAGGGUGGGUAAAAAUAGACAGAAAUUCGAUACAAAUUAACCAAGCAACCUAAAGUACAAUGAAUAUGAGAGGGUAAUAUAUGGCGCUAUUGGAGCAAGGACAGCAUCCUUAUAGGAUGAGGAUGAAUUAGGUGAAGAGGAAAAACAGUGUUCCAGGCAGAGGUGACAGCACAUUCAAAGGCCCUGGGGCUGGCCCAGGGGAAAGCUUCAGAGCAUUCAGGAAGGGGAAGAAGCCACAGGUCUGGAAGGGGCGAAGUAGGCAGGCCCUUGUGGGCCAGAUUGAGAAGAGGAUGCAGAAGGUAAUGAUCUAAACAGCAGGAAGCCAGCGCCACAGUGAAGCCCAGAGCCUACAGGCUUCCCUGUCCUCCAGUGUGAGCACAUAGCCUUGAACAAGUUGUUUCCCCUCUCAGAACUUGGGUUUAAACUCCCAGUGAAAUCGAGGUCAUGAUACCUAUCUUGCCAAGACAUUUGAAGUUUAGAGAAAGCCUAUCUACUGUACGUGAAAGACCUGUCCCGGCACAAAAGACCACUCUAUAAAUGAUGUCCACUGUUAUUCGCAGUGCAGCCUGUGGGAUUUACAGGCUUUCCCAUUAUUCAUUGAACAUUUGUCAUUCCUGAAGCUUGCUAGCAGACAAGUAGGGGUGGCCCCAAAGGUUUUGGGGAAGGUUUUAAACUGAUAGAAGCCAAGCCAUGCCUUUGUUCUUUCUUGUCAUUUGAGAAAGGACCCUAGGGUUACACAGGAACCUAGUUUGAGAACAAUAAACCAACAGAAGGGUAAAGGAGCAUCUAACAAACCUGACAUCUGUGUGAUAGGCUCUGAUGAGUAUAACAGAAAUCAAGGAGUAAAGAACAUAUUAGCCCCCAACUGGAAGUGACAACAGGAAAAUGGGUAAAUAGGGGUAAAUUCAUACGUGGAAGGGAAUAUUUACUGGGAUAGGCACUAGGGCAGCUUUUAGGGUAUGAGGACUGUUUGUUUCUUGACCCACGUGAGGGUCACCACACAUGUUCAGUUUGUGAGAAUUCACCAGGCUGUACCUUCAUGUGUGCAUUUUUGUCUAUGUAUGUUUCUCUAUAUGUACAUAGGUAGGUCAGGAGGGGAGAUUAUAUAUGCACAAGUACAGUAUAAACACAAAGUUAUUUGGGGAGAAAAUAAGAGUUUAGAGAAGAAUUUGGCAAUAGCUAACAAAAUUACUUAUGCAUUUACCCUUUGACACAGUAAUCUCCACUUCUAGGAAUCUGUCCUAAAUAUACAUAAUAUAUGCACAAAGUUAUUCAUUCAUUGCAGCUUCAUUUGUAUUAACAAAAGAUGGGAAUCAACCCAAAUGAAUAAACUAUGGUACAUAGUUUAGGUAUUUCUGCAUAUCAAACUA